AUGGCGACUGCCUUUCCAGAGCCCGCUCCUUCCAAGGGACCACGACCUUCGGCAUUCAUGACUCUAAACGACUCCACCGCAAUGCAAUGGGCGCCACACAACGACUUCCCUGUCGACCCCGCGGGCCAAGAUGGCUUCGAUUACGACCUACCUCUACACUUCGCCCAGCAGUCCGUAGGACUCUACGACUACACCCAGAAUGGCGUGCCGUACAACCACAACUACAAUCUCACGUAUUCGGCGCCUUACCUGGGCCCAAGCUGUCCUCGUUCAUACACGAAUGACCUUGAUCUCACCGGCUUGCCCAUGAACAUACCAGAAUCGUACCCUCCCGCUGCAUAUCAGAUAGAGCCGCAGACGCCUCAGGAAGCGAUGGACCUAUCGGAUCAAGGCAUCAAUGGUCAGCUGAGGCAACUGCGAGAGGACUACGAUAAUCAGUAUCCUUCGAACAUCAAGCAGGAAGAUCUUACUGGCUACAACAGCCCUUACGACUCCGACAUCACACGGUCGUCUACUCCUAGUGGUGACCCCCCAAUGCCUCCUCAUGGCUACAAGAACGAUGGCGCAGGCGAGGAAGGCGCCAUCGAUAAGGAGCAGCCUUACGCACAACUGAUAUACCGAGCUCUCAAGGAAGCGCCAGGCCACACCAUGAUUCUUCGGGACAUCUACGAUUGGUUCAAGAAAAACACCGAGAAAGCGGCCGACAAGGAGACCAAAGGCUGGCAGAACAGCAUCCGUCACAAUCUGUCUAUGAAUGGAGCCUUCGAGAAAGUUGAUUACUUAUGCGAAGAAUCGAAGAAAGGCUUCAUGUGGCGACUCACCGAGGAAGCCCUCCGCGAGGGCGUCAAGUCAACUACCCGCUACCGGAGCAAGCAGCCCAACAAGCGCGGCCAUCGCUCGCAAAAUCCGCUUCCACAACGGCAGGCAUCAGGCGCGAAAGGAGGCCAAGCUGCACGACGGUCCGCGAGGAUGCGAAGGUCGAAUCGCAUGAAUGAGCCUUACAGAAGCGAGCCACACAACUUCUCGAGAUCGGUCCCGUCAGCAUUCGAUACGACCUACAACACUGACACUCCUAUGCCGUACCCUCCGUCACCAUACUACAGCUCUGUAGGCUCAGAGGCUGACCUUGACUACUCCAAGGACGAUUUCGGAAGCGCGCUUGGGGGAGCGAGCCUUGCUCUCAUGCCGCCACGGUCUUUCACGGGAUCCCCGCUCUCCCAAGGAAUGGCCGCAUGCGGCGACACGGGUUAUAUUCUCGAACUCGACCCAUCGGAACCUCUCUUCACUAACUCGCCUUCUCCAACGGCUGACGAGCCGCGGACACCUGACUCGCGGGGCCGCUGGGAGGAAGAUAUGGCUCUCGGCGGAUGUGCGGCCUAUACAUUCGAUACUCCGUAUAGCGAGUUUCCGUUAUGA